UGUCAUAUGCCCUGUUGCUUGUUGCUUAAAGUGUCUUUCUAUUCAGUUAUACUUCUACAUUUUGGAAUUAUUAUUUAGUCAUUAUUAAAGUAGAUAAUACUUUUAUGUAUUAAUCACUAUUAAAGAUUUUGAUAAUUGUUAUUUUAAAGUUAUGGCUGCUGUGUUAGAUGACGUUGGUAAAUCAAAAACUGUUAAAAAGGCCGAUGAAUCAUUUGAAAAUGAUAAAGAGGAAAAUAUCGUUGAAGAUACUUCUGUCACAAAAAAGAAGAGAAAACGUAAGAAGAAGAAAUCACAAGCUACUGAUGAAAUUGAAAUUAAUGAUAAAGAUGAAGUAGAUGAAGAAGUAACUAAUGGAGUAACCAAUAUAAAUAUGGAGGAGGAUUCUAAUGUUAAUGGAGAAAAGAAAAAAUCAAGACGACGUGGAAAGAAAAAGGAGAGUAAAGAACAGGAGUCCAAAGAAAAAAAACAAACUAAUCCACCAUCAAUACCAAUUCAUGAAUUAUAUCCAACAAGUGAGUAUCCAAUUGGCCAAGAACUUGAAUAUGAUGGUAGAAUGGGAAAGCAACGUAUAACAAGUGAAGAAAAACGAGCCAUUGAACGUUCUAAAUAUGAUGAUUAUAAUGAUGCUAGACGUGCUGCUGAAGCUCAUAGACAAGUUCGCAAACAUAUUCAAAACUGGGUUAAACCUGGUAUGACAAUGAUUGAAAUUUGUGAAGAACUAGAACGUUGCUCUAGAGCUCUGAUUGGAGAAGAUGGUUUAAAAGCUGGUUUAGCAUUUCCUACUGGUUGUUCAAGAAAUAAUUGUGCUGCUCAUUAUACACCCAAUGCUGGUGAUCCUACUGUUUUACUCUAUGAUGAUGUUACCAAAAUUGAUUUUGGUACUCAUGUAAAUGGGCGUAUCAUUGACUGUGCAUUUACUUUGACUUUCAACCCCAAAUAUGAUAAAUUAGUUGAGGCAGUUAGGGAUGCUACAAAUACCGGCAUUAAAACUGCUGGAAUUGAUGUUAAAUUAUGUGAAGUUGGUGAAGCUAUCCAAGAAGUAAUGGAAUCAUAUGAAGUAGAACUUGAUGGUAAAACAUACCCUGUAAAGUCAAUUAGAAAUCUCAAUGGACAUUCAAUCGAUGCAUAUAGAAUCCAUGCUGGUAAAACUGUACCAAUUGUUAAAGGAGGAGAAGCAACUAGAAUGGAAGAAAAUGAAUUUUAUGCUAUUGAAACUUUUGGUUCUACUGGUCGUGGAAUAGUUCGUGAUGAUAUGGAUACAUCACAUUACAUGAAAAACUUUGAUGCACCUUUUGUACCUUUACGUUUACAAGCAUCUCAAAAGUUACUCGGCACUGUUAAUAAAAAUUUUGGUACACUAGCUUUUUGUAAACGCUGGAUUGACCGAUUAGGUGUAACUAAAUAUCAAAUGGCUUUAAAAGAUUUAUGUGAUAAAGGUAUUUUGGAUGCUUAUCCUCCUUUGUGUGAUAUCAAAGGUUGUUACACCGCACAAUUUGAACACACCAUUGUACUUAGACCAACAUGUAAAGAAAUCAUUAGCAAAGGAGAUGAUUAUUAACUUUUUGUAAAUUAUGAAUAUACAAAAUAAAAAUAAAAACUUGUCAUGGUUUAAAUUUUAGCUCUUGAAAUGCAAUAAUAAAUAAUAACAAAAAAAAACAAA